AUGAAGUUUUUAGGAUCAAAGGUUUACCGUUAUCCAGUUUUUAAAACAUACUGGCCAUUUUUUGUGGGAGCCGUUGCUACAUAUUACUUGAUUGGUAAGGCCCAGUCGGCUAUGGAGAACUCUGAGCAGUACAUCAAUGAUCCAAGACAUCCAAGAUUCAGAAGGGGUGAGAAAGAUCAGAAAUAA